AAUCGCUGUGGGAGGGAACGCCAGAGCGAGGCGGUGAGCGGAGCUGGUCGCGUGAGGCGCAGCGGCUGCACUUGAGGUGUAACUGGUAGCGGCGGCCGGCCAAGAGCAAAGGAGCUAGUGCUAUCUCCUGAGCUUGUGAGCGCGGUCACCAUGGACCGCCCGGAUGAGGGGCCUCCGGCCAAGACCCGCCGCCUCAGCGGCUCGGAGCCCCCUCAGCGCGAUCCGCCGCCGCCGCCUCCCCCGCCGCCGCCACCGCCGCUCCUGCGACUGCCUCUCCCUCCACCCCAGCAGCGCCCGAGGCUCCGCGAGGAAACCGAGGCGGCACAGGUGCUGGCUGAUAUGAGGAGGGUGGGACUGGGCCCCGCGCUGCCCCCACCGCCACCCUAUGUCAUUCUUGAGGAGGGGGGGAUCCGCGCGUACUUCACCCUGGGUGCUGGUGGUCCCGGCUGGGAUCCUGCGAUCGAGUCAGGGUAUGGGGAGUCGCCCCCUCCCACAGGGAGCCUGGAAACACUCCCCCCUUCCGAAGCCUCUGGGGGGAGCCUGGAAAUUGACUUUCAGGUUGCAGAGCCCAGCAGCCUUGCAGGAGAGAAGGCCCUAGAAACCUGUAGCUCAGGGGGGUGGGGGCCCCAGAUGUUAGUCAGUCCAAAGAGGAAGGAGGAGGCUGUCAUCAUAGUGGAAGAUGAGGAUGAGGAUGAAAAGGAAAGUGUGAGGAGGAGGAGGCGGCGGCGGCGGAGGAAGCAGAGGAAGGUGAAGGAAAGCAAAGAGAGAAAUGCUGAGAGGAUGGAAAGCAUCCUGCAGGCACUGGAGAGCAUUCAAAUGGACCUGGAGGCAGUGAACAUCAAGGCAGGCAAGGCCUUCCUGCGUCUCAAGCGCAAGUUCAUCCAGAUGCGAAGACCCUUCCUGGAGCGCAGAGACCUGAUCAUUCAGCACAUCCCAGGCUUCUGGGUCAAAGCAUUCCUCAACCACCCCAGAAUUUCAAUCUUGAUCAACCAACGAGAUGAAGACAUUUUCCACUACUUGACCAAUCUUCAGGUACAGGAUCUCAGACAUAUCUCCAUGGGCUACAAAAUGAAGCUAUACUUCCAGACAAACCCUUACUUUACAAACAUGGUGAUCGUCAAGGAGUUCCAGCGCAACCGCUCGGGCCGGCUGGUGUCUCACUCCACCCCUAUUCGCUGGCACCGGGGCCAGGAACCCCAGGCCCACAAUCGCAGGAACCAGGACACCAGCCACAGCUUCUUCAGCUGGUUCUCAAACCACAGCCUCCCAGAAGCUGACAGAAUUGCUGAGAUUAUCAAGAAUGACCUGUGGGUUAACCCUCUACGCUACUACAUGAGAGAAGGGGGCUACAGGGCAAACAGAAAGAAGCAAGAAGAGAAGGAAAGUAAAGCCAAGGAUGAAUUUGAGAUGGUGAUCAUGGAAGACGCUAAUGACUAUUAUGCCAUGGGAGACGUUCUCAGCGAGAUCUCAGACAUUGAUGAGACCACUGACAAUGACACUAUUCAUGACAUCAAGAUUUCUGACUUCAUGGAAACCACCGACUACUUCAAGACCACUGACAAUGAGAUAACUGACAUCAAUGAGAGCCUGUGUGACAGUGAGAGCCCUAACCACAUUGAGAACCCCAACAAUGAGAUUGCUGACAGUAGCGAGAGUGCUGAUGAUGAGACCACUUACAACAAGGGUACUGAUGACAAUGAGAGCACUGACGACAAAAAUGAGAAUCCUGAAAACAAUGAGAAUCCCAACAAAAGUGUUGAUAGUGACAACAAGAACCUGGACAGUGACAACCGAGGCAUCAGUGCCAACAACCAGGACAGCAGUGAUAGUGACAACGGAGAUGAGGGCAGUGAUGAUGAAGACAAUGAUGGCAAUGAAGGUGACAAUGAGGGUAGUGAUGAUGAUGGCAACGAGGGUGACAAUGAGGGAAGUGAUGAUGACGACAGAGACAUUGACUACUACAAGAAUGAUAUUAACAUCUUUGACAAGGAUCAGGAUAACAGCUCCAACCAGGAUGACUACGAGGAUGAGGUAGAGAUCAUCUCUGAAGACUCAGUGGAAGAAGAAGAGGAGGAGGGCAGUGAGGAAGGCAGUGAGCAAAGCGAAGACAGCUAUGAGGAGGAAAGAAGCUACGUGGAGGAAGGAAGUGAAAUCGAUUCAGAAGAUUCUGACAUUGAGGAGGUGCUUCAAGUCCCAAACGCUUGGGCCAACCCGGGGAAGAGGGGGAAAACCGGAUAAACAUCUGACCCUUUUGGGGGGGUCUCUUCUCUGUAUCCCCCUCCCCCUGUCCCGUUUCCCACCCCCUCAGCUAGGGCCACGCGGCUCCACAUUGCACUUCUGGGGGGUGACCGACUUCGUACACGGGUUUAAAGUUUAUUUUUAUGGUUUAGUAAUUGCAGAGUUCUUAUUUUGGGAGGGGGGAAGGGAGAUUCUCCCCCUUUUUGGCCCUCCUCCUCCCGCAGGCUUCUGUGUGCUGCUAAACGUAUUUAUUGUGAUGCCUUGGUCAGGGCCCCUCUAGCCCCCUUCUCCUUGUUAGCGUUGGCCCCAGCCCCUCUUCCUGUGGAGUGGACACCCUGAUCCCAAAGCGGAGAGGGUCCUUGUAGCCUUCAUCGCAGCUGUGCAGUAGCCUUGAAGGCUCUGUUGCCACCCUGUUCUACCAAGUCUCUCUCUUUCCAUCCUUUCCUUCUUCCCUCCCCCCUCACCGUGCCGCUAGCCUGCCUAGGUGUCUAUGCAAGGCCGCUUUGCCAUUGCGGUAUUCCUGUCCCCGCUCCCCCAGAAGUCCCGCCUCUUUUCCCUGUGAACCCUGAUGAUCCUAAUAAAACUGAGCAAAUUCAAA